AUGGAGCUUCUUCGCUGUUUGGGCGGUGGCGGUGGUGGGGGAACCGAGGUGCUCGCCGCUGCCGGCGGUGCGGCAUUAGGCGCCGGUGCUGUCGCCAGCGGCUUUUAUCUGAAGGGCCUUGUUAAUAGCUACAAGGAUGCAACCCACUGUCUGCAGUUUCAAGUUGUGCAGGAGGCUCUGCAGCAAAGCUUGGGCCUGGAGAAGAUGCAGCUUCCUAGCUCCUUUCAGGCCGAGGGUGAGGUUUGGCCGACCAAGCAGCCUUUGCUUACCAGCGCUGCCUACCCACAGGUGAGGACGGCUUUUGAAACGAUCCUGAAGUACCAAACUGCGCGGAAGGCCAAGGCAGACCCAAAGACAUUGGUCUGCGAGCUGCUGAAGACUUGGCUACGCGAGCAUGCGGCUGAUACCGCUCCGGCCCCACAGGAAGUCGAGGCAUACCGAAACUUCUGCUCCAAGCUGAUGGUGCAGAAAGACAAGUGGAGGGGAAGGAGCUGGAUUCCCCAGGGCACGUUUGUCAAAAUGCUGGCUGAAGUGGCGCACGAGCUCGAUAAGCUGUUGAGAGUCCGUUUGCGCGAUGCGAAGGAUGCUCGACGACUAUUCGAGGAUCUUGGCCGUUUGUCGUACAACCUGGCGCUACAAACCACGAAGGUGCUCCUGCUAUCCGGGACAAAUUUCAGCAUUCCAGAGGCAAUUUAUUCCUUGAACUCAUUGGGCGAUCUCAACCGCUACUCAAAGCCAGUGGCGCUUCUGAAGCACAAGGCUGACAAGGACGUUGCCAAGGAAAUGCAGGAGGCUUGGAUGACAGAGGCUGGCGGCCUACUGAGACAGCUCCUGGCCCAGGCACAUGUUGCGAGCAUCAUGACGCUUUUGGAGCCAGUAGAGGAUCGGAUUUUGGACAGCUCCUCGCUGACCGUUGAGGUUCUCAGAGCCUCCUCAUUGCCGAAUGCACCAGGUAUCGACAUAGUCGAUCCUUUUGUUCGUGUUUCCCUUUAUCAUGGUACAACUGAGGUGAGCUCGGCAAAGACUUUCUGGUUGAAGGACCAGAAUAAUCCCGAGUGGAACCAGGCAAUCCUUUUUGACUUCCCCCGGGACACCGGGACGACUGAGCCCUUAAGGCUGAAGAUGGAAGUCGGUGAUUACAACGGCGGCUCCAUGGUCAAUUCAAUGUUUGCACGAUCAGAACCUCUGCCAGUGGAGUCCUUCCUGGCUGCGACGACUCCAGAAGAGGAGGUGGAGCUGGACCUGCUGUCUACCUGCAUGCCUGCGCGGGACAUGAGUAGCUCCAGGCUCGUGGUCCGCCUUCGCCGCCCGGGCCCGGGGGCUCUCGGCGCUGCUUGCGAGCGCUUCCGAGGCUUGAGCACCGGACAUGGCAAGAGAGGAUUCAGAUUCGAGAGCUUGAUGCCUAUUUGGGCAGAGGCAGUCCAAGAGUUGGACGAUGCUCUCUACUUCCUUGACAUUUGCGCAGUGCAGGCUGCGGAGCUCACACGACUGAUGGGGGAUUUAGGUGCCGUGCUGCUGGGCAAGACACUGUGUCAUCUUCUGGAUGAAGUGGACCACAGGGUGGCUGCAUGCGCGCAGAAGCUCAGGGAAUUUGCGGAUGCAGUCGUGCGGGAGGAAAUUGAGCAUCACAGGACGCGCAAAAGUGGUGUGUCCGAGAUUGCUGAGGCAGCACUGCGCCGCUUCUCGGGCGCAUCGGACUCGCGGGCACGAGAGGAGGCAAAUCGCAGCAUGGUGGAACUUCGGAAAGUCGAGGAGCAGAUUCGGCAAGUAAGCUCCCAGCUGCGGAAGCACUGCCUCAGAUACCAAGGAAUCAAAGAGGCGAAAGAAACUGCAGAGAACGCGGCUGCUGCCCUUUGGAGAAGACUGACCUCGGAGGAGACGCAGCGGCGCUCGGGCAAAACUUUCGGGAAGAUGACUCUGGCCGAUGUCUCCACGAUAUCCACCACACGAGAACUAGUCGAUCCGUCCCCGUCCACCGCGCCCACUGCUGGCUAUGUGAGCGGUGACAAGGUUCACAUCUGGAGCAAUAGCCAGGGAAUGUGGUGCACUGAUGGAGUCGUGAACCAGGUUCUCGGAGAGGAGUCGCCGAUGAUGGGCUACAUGCUGCCUGCGGGGUCGGUCCAGGUCAUGAGUGAUGGUGGUAUGGAUUUCUCUCCUCUCUGCGAGCAGCAGGGGUGCACGUUCAAGCUCUGCCCUCCGGCCAACGACCGAUGGCACCCAUGGCCUUUCUUCAGACGGCUUUAUGAUGCAGCAGAGAGUUUGAAUACCGAGUAUGUCAUUAUGCUCGAACCGGACAACACCAUUCAUGGCCCAAUCAAGCGUGAGCCGAAGCACGACGCAGGAGGGAUCUAUGUGCAGGAUCGCAGCUUCGGACUGGUUGACUAUGUUGAGAAGCUGGCCCAGGCACGAGCUCCAGGCUUCAAGUGGAGUCGCAAAGCCAUGUCUGCUGGCCUAGCUGGCGGAGCCUACUUCAGGAAGGAGGCCAUUCUGGAUGCCCUUUCGGAUGAGAACAUGAUGAAGCUGGACUGGAAUAUGCUUGGUGAGCAGGCUACCAAGGAGAUCUAUUCCUCGGACUUUGCAAUGCAGUAUGCCUUCGCCGCGCGUGGCUGGCACAUCGAGCCAUGGGAGGAGACUGCUCAGAUGGACAAGAACAAGGACAUUCCUCUGACCGGUCCGAAAGAUGCUUCGUUUCGCCACUACUGCUCGUGCUAUCCUGGAGGCAAGCCCACAUACAACAUCAAGCUGAAAAAGGAGGAUGAGAAGCUGGUGCGGCAACAGCCAGAGAAGUACCAGCAAACCAACUCCGUUUGUCAGCUUUGUCGGGGCCCCGGAAUCUGA